AUGCCGCCCCGCCGUGACACCUUCUCCGACAACCCUUCCACUGAUGAAUUGAUUACCUCCCUCGCCGACUCCGUCAACAAGUUGAUCACCUCCAACACCGCCGCCUUCAACCAGAUGGUUUCCGGUCAAGAGCAACACAAGGCUCAUCUAGAUAUCAUAAUCAAACAAUUGGCUGCUCAGUACGAGCAAACAAACAACCUCAUCACUACCUUUCUUCGCCCCGAUCCGAACAGACCUAAUUCUUCCGGGUCGAACACUCCGCCACCUCCACCACCACCGCCACGACCACCUCCUGCCAACCACACCCCCAAACCACCGAAGAUUACCCUCCCCAUGUUUGAUGGUUCGAACCCACUGGAUUGGCUCUUCCAAGCGAAUAACUACUUUACCUACUACUCAAUUCCGGAUGUUCAAUGA